UGUAAAACAACUGGGGAGGACUUGAAGAACUGCUUUCUUCUUGUUUCGUACAGUAUUUCAGCUGGUUUGAUUUUUUUUUUUUUUUCCAGUGUUAAAAAUGACAUACACAGUUGUCUCUUACAUCAUCUUAGUUGGUUUUCUCAUGACAUCUGUCAGUGCAAGUGAAUUGAAUGACACUGGCGAAUUUGAAAACUCCAACCUUACAACCCCCAUCACCUCUGACGAAAGCAUCUACGACACUGAAAAUGCCACAAUGAGCACAAUUACCCACGGCACUGUAAAUCAAACAGAUAUCACCCAAACAUCUGCCUCAACACCUCAAGAACAUCCACCACCUGCAACACCAACUGCACCUCGAAUACUAUCUAGUCAUCAGCCAACGCUCACACCCACCAAGCCAGUAACCAAGACAAGAGGAGGUUUCCAGGGCACAUUAACGACCACUCCCAAGCCAAGUGACGGAAACGAGAGUGUUGGCAUUAUCAUCUUAGUAGUUAUCAUCGUCAUUGCUCUCCUGACUGGAUUUGUCUGCUUUGUGACCCGCAGAAGGGCAAGACGCUACUCAGUGGACUUGAGUUCUAGGCCUGAUGAAGCCCAGAUCCCUUUGAGCACUGUGGAACCGGAGGGACCUGUUGAAACAGCCACGGCCAAUGGACUGCAGUUUGAUGGUACAGAAAACAGUACACAAGAAGCUGAAGAGCCUGAAGUGAAGACCAAAGAACAAGUGGAACAGAAAGAAAAAGUGACUCUUGAAGCAAGCGCCGAAUGUGCAGCUCCAACAGUCGACAACCCUGACGAGCAGCCCAAGCAGGACACCUCAGAGCCGAGCCCCUCUGCACCCACGGAGCCCAGCCCUGAGGAGAAAACCGAUGAUGAAGGAGGAGAGGGUGCCGCCUCCAACAAGACCUCUGUGGAAUCCCUGAAGGAGAGCAAUGAAGCAAAUGAGAACAACAGCAACAGCAGCCUCCUGCCUCAGAGGGGAGCCAGAGAAGGUGAAGCUUUUUGUGAUGUGUCCCUUGACAAUAUGGUGUGAAAUCCGAUGGGUGAAGGGGAAUGAGGUGAGGUGGUGGACAAGGACACUUCUGUUCUGCUUUGAAGACGAUGGAUGUAUAUUCAGCUACUGAUGCA